UACUUUACAGAAGAGGGGAAAGUUGUGAGAUAGCCAGAGGGACAGGCAGGGAGAAGAGUCAGCUUCAUCGUGGCUCCACUGAGGAUGAAGAGGAGCAGCAGCUUUUCAUCCUGUCCCCCUGUCUUACUCUGUGUGUCUGUCCUUCUUUCUGCUUGUCCACCCCCUCUCCUCCUGCAAUUGUCUCUCAUCCCAGCCACCACUGCAAUGUGGCUGUCUCUGCAUUGAGAGUGGUGGCAGCUUCUCCUUGAGUGAACCCUGACUGUGCACAGUGAGUGUUGGUCCACGCUGCCAGCCUCCUGCGAGUGAGUGAGUGAGUGAGUGAGCGAGCACCGGCAGUACAGCAGUCUCUGCCACUGGCGUGUGGCUGGAGCCGGCAACUCUUCACCCAGGACCGCUGGGAUGUGCCUUGUCUAGGGACGACACACUCGACAACCUUGUCCACAUUGAAUCCAGUUUAGCAGGGCAGCUACAUUGUGCUAAGGUUUAUUCUCCCAGCCGUCCUGAGCCUGGACUGGAUCCUGCAACACUGUUUGCUGUCAUGGAGGUUCUGUGGUUUGGGGUUGAACCCGCAAGGUUGGAUCCUCCAUACACAGCCAUCGGCCUGAUCUUCUCUGUACUGCUUGGUGUGUGGUAUGCUGAGGCCCUGGAGAUGUCAGUGGGGAAGAUUCCCUUCCUGGAGGCAGUGAACGGCAGCACAGUCAUGUUGCCCUGCACAUACUCAAGCUGCAUAGGCAUCGAGAACCUCUACUUCAACUGGCAGUUCAACCAAAAUGGCACCAUGCAGAGGGUUUGUGAGUCAACAAUACCAACAGAAGGAGUGGAAAUUGAGGUGGCCAUAUUCAGAGAACGAGUAGAGUUUGUGGGGAAGAACCAUCUCAACAACAUCUCAAUUUUGCUGUGGAACAUCACCUUUGAUGAUGGAGGCCUGUACACUUGUUUUGGACGCAACCCAAAAGAGAAGGACAAGAACCACAGUGCCAUCUUUGAACUCAUUGUGGUGGAUGAGUUGAGGGUGGUGGACAAAACACUUACCAUCAUCAUAGCAUCAGCUGUGGGCGGAGCCAUCGCCUUUUUGAUGGGCUUCAUGUUGCUGAAGAACUUCACUCUCUUUGUUCUUUCCAAGCUGGAGGAGAAAAAUAAGGAGUGCCUUGUAACUUCAUCAGGGAUCGACAACACAGAAAAUGGCCUCUCAGGAUCCAAAGCUGACUCUAAGGCAACACCAAAAAAGAAAUGAGGAGGUGCAUGUAUAAAAACCACAUAUCCUCUCUGCAUAUAUUUGUAUAUGCACGUGUGUUUGGAUACUUUCAAGUUCACUUUUCUUGCAAUUUGAAAACAACUCUGCCUGGCUGUGGGAGUAAACCCAUGUGUACCCAACAUUAUCAAACGUGCUUAGAAAAGUAACUGUGCAGAAUUUAUGAAAACUUACAGAUGUGCAACUCAUGACAUCAAGUUUACAAAUAAUUUACUUAUUUGUGAUUGCAAAAACAGCUAUCAGAAAUAAUCCAGGGUUGACUUAUUUAUGUGCUUUUUUUAUAUAUACUGAAUUUGCAUCCCUCACUUAAUUGUAUUAGUUUAGUUUAUAUGGAUUAUAUGGAUUGUAUGCACCCUCUUGGCUGCACCACAGACCCUGUUCAGACCUGAUAUUCACAUCUGUCCUCAGAGAUCUGAUCACAUGUGGGCAGCCCUGAUUACAGGUCUGAACGCACCCAAUGUGUCCUGAAUGUGACUUCAGAUCUGCUCACAACAAUCCCAUUUGGAGGUGGUCGGAGUGAGACCUGCUAUGAUGUAUGACUUGGAGACAGGGGCACUGCUAAAAGACAGGAGGCAGAGCUGAAGAUGUGUUUGGGGGUGACCAGAAAGGACUGGAAUGGAAAUUAGCAUAUUGGAGGGACAACUCAGAUUAAAUGGUUUGGAAAUAAAGUGGUUUGGUCACGUGCAGAGGUGGGAAAGUCAUGAUUAUAUUGGACAAAGAUGUUGAAGAUGGAGCUGCUGGACAGGAGGAAAAGAGAAGGCUCAUGGAUGUUGUGAAGGAGGACAUGAGGACAGUUGACGUUACAGAAGAGGACACAAAGAAGAGGACAAGAUGGAGGCAGAGGAUCUGCUGUGUUGAGCUGAAAGAAGAAGAAGAACAAGAAGUAGCCACUGUUAUAAUUUAUAACCGCACUACUGCCUCUGCUGAAGAGGAAGAAAACUCACUGCCCUUGCAGUGAAGGAAGUGCAACCAUAAAGACAUUUGGAGAAAACAAGAACGUUAUCCACUGCCUACAUCUAACAACAAUUAAAUAUAAAUUAAUAAAGUUUAACUGUUCACUUAUCAUUAUCAUUAGAUGGUUGUUUAGAGGAAGUCACACAUAGGUUAAAUGCUUUUAAAUCCUGGGUAUGUUUUGAUUUAAUUUGCAUAGUAAUGACAUUGUGUCAGUUUAUCCCUGACAAAGUUGCAUGUCAUUGCAGUGUUUUGCACUGUUUAAAGUGCUUUGUUGCAAUGACAUAGCAGUUGUUUCCACAGCCAGAGCAGAGUUUCAAAAUGUUUAUCAUGUGAUGUCCAAACUAACAUUUUUUUUUUCUUAAAGUGCUUGAAAUUAAAAUAGAAAAAAAUCUGGAUAUAAGUUGAAAAUACAUUUUAAAGCAGCUCUAUUUAACAGAUAUGCUAAUGCAUUUGUAACUGCUCACCUGAGUAUGUUCUGAUUUACUAAAAAAGUGUAAAAAAAAAAAAAAAUAGCACAAAAUACUGACAAAAUAUUGUAGGAUUCACCGUGGUUCUUUAUCUUCUAUCUUCUCUUUGCUUGAUAAAACACAGGUGCCUGGUAGUGCUUUUCUGCUCUUCUGUCAGUGAUGUUGAUGACAUAUUGCAAUAGUUUAUAAAACUCAGUAGACAAUGAUGAUAAUAAUAAUACAGCCAGCUUCUGAGGUGAAACCA